GGAGUCUCUCUGUCACACUAUGCGACCUGGAAUUCUUUAAAUUCUUAAGCUUGGCUGGAUUCAAGAUAUAAAUGAAACGUUACUGCUAUUGAGGACGCUUAAUUGGAAUGCCUGCAGCAAGGCUCAAGCAGUGGUCCAGAUCUCUGAGAGCGGCCACUUUUGAGGAGAUCUGAGAACAAGGACCUUCGGUACACGAGAACAACUGAAAGAACACAUGGGAACCCUGGCAUGACCGGUCUGGAGGACUCCUGCCUGCAAGACCUCCUAGUUCUUCAGAAAUCCUUCCUACCCAGCCUUCAGGCUUCUAUAUUCUCUACACUGGCUCAGAAGCUAAGAACUUAAGAGGGCAAAACAGGAGGGGUGUAGAGGUGUCGGGCAGGGGGCUGCUGGUGCAUGGGACGGGCAGCGCACAUCCCAGAAGCUGAGUGGGAGCCCACCCUUGCCUAUGCCGUCCCCUGCCCACACCAGUCCAGCUGCCCUCUGCAAUGGUGACAUGAUGGGACACGACAUGGAAGAUCUCAGCUUCAUUCAGCCCAUUUUCUUGUCCUGUCUUCUUUUAACAGACUUUUUGGCUUGUUAGUGUACAGAGAACGGUGUAUGUACGUCCAGUGUUGGCGGCAGGUGAUGAUGCUGGUGUGUGGACGCAUGAGGCGGCUCUACCGGCAGCCCACGCUGCAAACCAGCCUACUCCUGCUCUUCCUCUUUUGCAUGGUCAGUGUGCUCAUUUCAGCCUACUUUCUGUAUGGAGUCAAACGAGAGUUGGAGCCGGCAGUGGUCGGAGGGGUGGAGAGCAUGGACGCGGGCACGGCUGACUGGGAGAAUCCGCAAGCCACCCCUUCCCCUCUGUCUGCGAGGGUACUUCCGGCAAGGACUGCCAAGCCAGCAGACACGUCUCGCACAGACCCCGUGGUGUUGGUGUUUGUGGAGAGUCUUUACUCACAGUUAGGUCAGGACAUCGUGGCCAUCUUGGAGUCAGGGAGAUUUCGCUACCAGAUUGAGAUCGCCCCGGGCAAGGGCGACAUGCCAACACUCACUGACAAGAACCGGGGACGCUUCACACUGGUUAUUUAUGAAAACAUUCUCAAGUAUGUCAACCUGGAUGCCUGGAAUAGAGAACUGCUUGAUAAGUACUGUGUGGAGUAUGGAGUGGGGAUCAUCGGCUUCUUCAAGGCAAAUGAGAACAGUUUGCAGAGCGCCCAGCUGAAGGGUUUCCCGCUCUUCUUGCAUUCAAACCUGGGUUUAAGAGACUGUAGCGUCAACCCCAAGUCACCACUGCUGCUCAUCACUAAGGCUCGCGAAGUGGAGCGUGGACCCCUCCCCGGGGACGACUGGACCGUCUUUCAGUCAAACCACUCCACCUACGAGCCCGUGCUGCUGGCCCAGGGCAGGACAGUGGAAGCCGGGGGUCCUCCAGCCCCCCUGCAUGCCGCGGUGGUCCAGGACCUGGGGCUUCACGACGGUAUCCAGAGAGUGCUGUUCGGCAACAAUCUCAACUUCUGGCUGCACAAGCUGGUGUUGGUGGACGCCGUGAGUUUUCUGACGGGCAAGCGGCUGUCGCUCGCACUGGACCGUUAUCUUCUAGUGGACAUUGAUGACAUAUUUGUGGGCAAGGAGGGCACACGCAUGAAGGUUUCUGACGUCAAGGCACUACUGGAGACACAGCUCGAGCUCAGAACCCACGUUCCCAAUUUUACCUUCAACUUGGGCUUUUCUGGAAAGUUCUUUCAUGCUGGUACGGAUGAGGAAGAUCUGGGUGAUGACCUGCUGCUCUCCUACAGCAAGGAGUUCUGGUGGUUCCCUCACAUGUGGAGCCACAUGCAGCCUCAUCUCUUCCACAACCAGUCCGUGCUGGCUGAACAGAUGCUGCUCAACCGCAAGUUUGCAGAGGAACAUGGCAUUCCUACCAACAUGGGUUAUGCAGUAGCUCCUCAUCAUUCUGGGGUCUACCCCAUCCACAUGCAGCUUUAUGAGGCCUGGAAAAAGGUGUGGGGCAUCAAGGUGACCAGUACAGAAGAAUACCCCCACCUUAAACCUGCUCGCUUCCGCAGAGGCUUUGUCCACAGUGGGAUUAGUGUGUUGCCCAGGCAAACGUGUGGACUCUUCACACACACUAUUUUCUACAACGAGUAUCCUGGAAGCCCCAAAGAGCUGGACAAACUCAUCAACGGAGGAGAGCUGUUCCUUACUGUGCUCCUCAACCCUAUCAGCAUAUUCAUGACCCACCUGUCUAACUAUGGAAACGACCGCCUGGGCUUGUACACCUUCAAGAACCUGGUUAAGUUCCUCCAGACAUGGACCAACCUAAAGCUGCAGACGCUUCCCCCUGUGCAGCUGGCUCAGAAAUACUUCCAGAUUUUUCCAGAGGAAAGGGAUCCUAUCUGGCAGGACCCCUGCGAGGACAAAAGACACAAAGACAUUUGGUCCAAAGAGAAGACCUGUGACCGCUUUCCAAAGCUGCUUAUCAUAGGCCCCCAGAAAACUGGAACGACAGCGCUCUAUCUGUUCCUGGGCAUGCACCCCGACCUGACCAGUAAUUACCCCAGCAAAGAGACCUUUGAGGAGAUCCAGUUCUUCAACGGCCGUAAUUACCACAGGGGUAUUGACUGGUAUAUGGAGUACUUUCCUCUGCCCUCCAACACGAGCUCAGACUUCUACUUUGAGAAGAGUGCCAACUACUUCGACUCGGAGGUGGCAGCCCGGCGAGCAGCCGCACUUCUUCCUAAAGCUAAGAUCAUCACCAUCCUCAUCAAUCCAGCGGACAGGGCGUACUCCUGGUAUCAGCACCAGAGGGCCCAUGAUGACCCUGUUGCUCAGAAGUACACCUUCCACGAUGUCAUCACUGCUGGCCAUGAUGCCCCCGUCAAAUUAAAGAUACUGCAGAAUCGCUGUCUCAUGCCCGGCCUGUAUGCCACACACCUUCAGCGAUGGCUUAAUCACUAUCAUCCCAGCCAGAUCCUGGUGCUAGAUGGUCAGAUGCUCAGGACAGAGCCUGCGUCAGUCAUGGACAAGAUCCAGAAGUUUCUCAGCCUCACAAACACACUGAACUAUCAUAAGAUCCUUGCGUUUGAUCCAAAGAAGGGCUUCUGGUGCCAGCUGCUGGAUGGGGGAAAGACUAAAUGUCUAGGAAAAAGCAAAGGACGACGAUAUCCUGACAUGGAUGCGGAUUCACGCCGCUUCCUAAGAGAACACUACCGGGAGCACAACAUAGAACUGUCAAAGUUGCUUUAUAAGAUGGGUCAGCCACUGCCGAGCUGGCUGAGAGAGGAGCUGCUGCACAGCAGGUAGCCUGAGGAGGGCGCUGGGCUACACAAUCCAUACUUGCACGUUUCCACGUGCUCCAGAAAAGACUACUGCUCCAGAUUCCAGCGUCCAGCAGCUGGAUGAGACCCAGCAGCCCACACAGAAACCCUUUCAUAGAGGAUGAGGGGAUAAAUGGAGAGGAAAAAGCAAGCUGCAGUGAGCCAGACACUGCUGCACAGACUUGCUUUGCAUUUUUUUGGGAGAGCAUCUGGACAUUUCCAGGAGUGCUUAAUGUUACGGUGGGAGCAUUUAGAGACUUAUUUAACCUUGUGCGAAUACACACCGGCACAUUCAGACAUGGUUUCAGAGAAUGUGGAGAAGAUACUGAUGGACCUAUACGAGGAGAGAUUUUUUUUGUCCUUUAACUAUUCACUUACAUCUGUUGCAAGUCCAGUCUAGCCCUGUAGUUUUUUUAUUUAUUUAUUUUAAGCUAAAUUUUUUUUUUAAGAUUGAGCCCACCAUUACAUCUACCCACUUAGACAUAAUGUGACGUCAAUGAUUUCUGAAAUAUUUAUGACAUUUAGUUGCUACAUAAAUCUUGGUACUUCAAACCUAUAAGCUACAUCCAGACUAAAUGUGAGUGUAAAUACGGACAUGUACAGUACCUGGGGAUUUAAUGCACCAUAGUAUUUAGUGGUUGCCUUAAUCAAAACUACUCUGUUCAUUUGUUAACUAUGUACAUGCGGGAAUGCUUUGUAUUGCUUUAUGGGUCCUGAACUGAUUAGAGCAGGCAAAAACAUUACGGUACCAGUUGUCAGUGCAGGAUUAACCUGUGUUUUACUGUUAGUGUUACUUUAUUUUAUCGGUAUUUUCUUUUCAUAAUGAAUAUUGAUAUGAUCGGAUAGCUUGGGUUGGUCCCAAGGGUGUAUCCAGGAAUGUAUUCCUUCUUUUGGGAGAGACGUUGGCAUAUGUGGACCAUCUUGACUUUGUUUUGUUUAGACUGUUAAUACAGUAUAUAAUUUACACUUGUGAAUGUUAGCACACGUGAUGCCAUGAGCAUUAGCAAGCAAAAUGGGUCAUGAAAAUGUACACUUAUGUCUUGUUCCAAGUAUUGAAGUUGGUUUGGUUCUUUUCACUGCUGCAACUGUAAUGAACAAACUCUUAUCCUUG